AUGUCGCAGACGCGCUUCCUAUUCCUAGGCACAGGAAACGUGCCAUCCAAAUUCUUUGAGAGCGCUCUUUGCCGGCUGCAGCCUGUUUACAAAUUUCAUGUGGACGUUGUACAGGCUGGGAGCGCUUACGAGGCACUCGAGUCCAAGUACAGCUACGACGGCCUCUUCCUGUACAACUCGAAGGACGGCGCAGGCGUUCUUCGAGACCAACUUCAAGAGUCCAAGCAGCUGAAGUGGGUCCACUGCUUCACUGCCGGUGUGGAUGCAUAUUUGCGUGACCCGGUGGUAAAGGCAUCCCAGAUCCCCAUGACCAACGUCAAGUCGGCGUACAGCGAACACCUUGCGCAGUUUGUUGUGUUUGCCGUCCUGUUUUUCGCAAAGAAGGCAAUCCACUUCCGCAAUUCUCAGUUCGCUAAGCUCUGGGCGCCCACCUUCGUAGACGAUGUGGCCGAGCAGACGAUGCUGAUUGUGGGGUAUGGUGACAUUGGUACAUCAUGUGCCAAGAAGCUGAAAGAUCUGGGCAUGAAAGUCGUCGGAGUGAAAGCGCGCCCCGAGUCUACUUCCGAGAAGAGCAAGGCGUGCCUCCACGACCUUCAAGCGGUGAGCCAACUGGAGUCCUUGCUGCCCACGGCUGACUACGUGCUGAACUUGCUACCGGUGACCCCUGCCACUCAAGACUUCUUUGACGCCCGUCGCUUUCGCCUCAUGAAGCCCACGGGCAUCUACAUGAACUUUGGGCGAGGGCAGACCAACAACGAAGAGGACUUGCUGGCUUCGUUGAAGGAAGGUCAGAUAGCCGGUGCCGUCAUGGAUGUCUUCAAGCAGGAGCCUCUUCCAUCAGAGAGUGAGUUCUACUCACUCGAGAACGUUUUGUUCACGCCCCAUUCUGCAGAUGACACGCCAAACACGCACGACCAAGCCGUCCACGUGUUCGAGAAGGUGUUGCAGACUUACUUGUCAGGAGCGCCUCUCCUGAAUGUUGUUGAUAAGGAGCGCGGCUACUGA